AUGGUACAGCAAACUAGCUUCGCUCUCAUCACAGGCUGCAGAAGUGGCAUUGGAACACAACUCGCAAUAUGCUUUGCGGCCCGAGGAGUGACAGUUCUGGCCACAGCAAGAUGUGUGGACCACCUUCAGGAGUUGACAAGCCAAUACAAGAACAUUGAGGCAUUUCCAUUGGAGCUGGGUGACGCUGGUAGCAUUGAGAGGCUCCGAGAUGCUGUGGCUAUACGGACGGGCGGUCAUCUUGAUUUCCUAGUGAACAAUGCGGGCACUCAUUAUGCAGCAACAGCAAUGGACCUGGAGUUGGAAGAGGCAGUAAAGGUGUUUCAGGUCAACGUAUUCUCUGUUAUGCGUCUGUGCCAGCUAUUUAUACCACUUCUUCGCCGCUCGCAUCGGGGGCGUAUAGUGCAAAUUGGUAGUGUGACCCGGGACGUACCGGUCGUGUGGCAGUGUGCGUACAAUGCUUCCAAAGCUGCUCUCAGCCAGUACACCAAAACUCUGCGACUUGAACUUGCGCCUUUCAAUAUAGAUGUUAUUGAAAUUGUGACUGGGUUUGUCCGCAGCAACAUUCUUCACCAUGGGCUCGUUGCUCCCGAGGGCUCUUUCUACCUUCCAAUCAAAGAGAUUAUUGAAACUAUGAAGUAUCAAGGUAACAAGAAUGGCAUGGAGACGGGGACAUAUGCUAGGUCUGUGGUGGAAAAAUUGAUGAGCAAACGAACUCACUCCGAAAUUUGGGAGGGCAAUAUGGCAUGGACUAUCCGCUUCCUCGUUGGAUUUCUACCUUUAUGGCUUCUGAAUUGGCUCUACUACCGCAAAUUCCAACUUGGCCGUCUACGUUGUGCCCAAAAACAACGAAAAGGAAGUGCAACAGCCCAUUCAACGCCAGACCCGGAUUCCCGGGCAAAAUUCUCAGGAUUUGGAUGA